ACAAAUAGAUGACAAAUUUACCGCGUUCAUCACCAAGACUCUUUCUCAUGUACAACGGAAAGUAAACGGAAAAGCAUAUUAUUCACACCAGUUUUCUUCACUGUUAACCCUUUAACUUUACAUCAUGAGAGAAAUCGUUCAUAUGCAAACUGGCCAAUGUGGCAACCAGAUCGGAGCAAAGUUCUGGGAAGUAAUCUCUGAUGAACAUGGUAUUGACCCAACUGGAACUUACCACGGUGAUUCUGAUCUUCAGUUGGAGAGAAUCAAUGUUUAUUAUAAUGAAGCUACAGGAGGAAAAUAUGUACCCAGAGCUGUUCUCGUCGAUUUGGAACCUGGUACCAUGGAUUCUGUACGAUCAGGACCAUUUGGUCAAAUCUUCCGUCCAGAUAAUUUUGUCUUUGGUCAAUCUGGUGCUGGUAACAACUGGGCUAAAGGUCAUUAUACCGAGGGAGCUGAACUGGUUGACUCCGUUCUAGAUGUGGUUCGUAAAGAGGCCGAAAGCUGUGAUUGUCUACAGGGAUUUCAACUUACCCAUUCCCUUGGUGGUGGAACUGGUUCUGGUAUGGGAACCCUCCUGAUCAGUAAAAUCCGUGAAGAAUAUCCAGAUAGAAUCAUGAACACCUUCUCUGUCUGUCCUUCACCUAAGGUAUCAGAUACAGUUGUUGAACCAUACAACGCUACACUCUCAGUUCAUCAACUAGUAGAAAAUACAGAUGAGACCUACUGUAUUGAUAACGAGGCUCUCUAUGAUAUCUGUUUCCGAACCUUGAAACUGACAACACCCACUUACGGUGACCUCAAUCAUUUGGUGUCAGCUACCAUGUCUGGUGUGACCACCUGUCUACGAUUCCCUGGUCAACUGAAUGCUGAUCUUCGUAAACUGGCUGUCAACAUGGUACCAUUCCCACGUCUACAUUUCUUUAUGCCAGGUUUCGCCCCACUCACAUCUCGUGGUUCCCAACAGUACCGAGCUCUAACUGUACCAGAACUAACCCAACAGAUGUUUGAUGCCAAGAACAUGAUGGCUGCAUGUGAUCCUCGUCAUGGUCGUUACCUGACAGUAGCCACAAUGUUCAGAGGUCGUAUGUCCAUGAAAGAGGUCGAUGAACAGAUGUUGAACGUUCAAAAUAAAAACAGCAGUUACUUUGUUGAAUGGAUUCCCAACAAUAUCAAAACAGCUGUUUGUGAUAUUCCACCAAGAGGCCUGAAGAUGUCAGGAACAUUUAUUGGUAACAGUACAGCCAUCCAGGAACUGUUUAAGAGAAUAUCGGAACAAUUUACAGCCAUGUUCAGAAGAAAAGCUUUCCUCCAUUGGUAUACUGGUGAAGGUAUGGAUGAGAUGGAAUUUACAGAAGCUGAAUCUAACAUGAAUGAUCUGGUAUCUGAAUAUCAACAAUACCAGGAUGCUACAGCUGAAGAGGAAGGGGAAUUUGAUGAAGAAGAGGGCGAAGGAGAAGAAGCGUAAAGAAAACAUUAACGAAAUACUAAUAAUUUAUUAAAUUUUGUUAUCAAUCCUUUAUUUUUGUUCUUCAUGACAUAUACAUAUUACAUGUAUGUACAUUAUUGAAUA